AAUUUCUUAAGAAAUUCACAGAGUUUGUUUACAUUUCAAAACAAAAAGAUCGUUCAAAUAGUGCAGAGCUUUAACUACUUACUUAGUAAAGAAAUUAAGCAAAUUAUCCAUAAAUAAAUCUAUAUUCAUUUAUUCGUACAAAAUGAAAUUGUUUAUAACUAUUAUGGGACUUUGCCUGUUGGCCAUUUGCUCCAGCUUGCCAAUUGAACACGAACAAAAGAACACUUUGGAGUCAGUGUCUUAUGUAGCUGAUCAAGGCGAUGCGAAUGCUGAUCAUGUACGCUUAGCUCGUGGUUACGGUGGUUAUGGAGGUUAUGGCGGUUAUGGCGGUUAUGGCGGCUAUGGCGGUUAUGGUGGUUAUGGUGGUUAUGGCGGUUAUGGUGGUUAUCCUGGUUAUGGUGGCUACGGUGGCUAUCCAAUUGGUGGAGGCUUUGGAGGUGGCAUCAGUGGUGCUAGUGCUUCUGCAUCGGCAUCAUCUGUCGGUAGUGGCUUCGGUUUUGGUAGAUAGAAUCAUCAUAAGAGCGGCUUUAGUUAAUGUUUAAUUGUAUUUAGUAUAAUUAUUAAUUUUAAAACCAAAUUAAAUAAAUUAUUUUUUUAUUUAUGUAUA